AUGUCUCUGAGUGACGAAGUACCAGAUUCUGCGGAGGAUCCAUAUUAUAUGGAAGGGGGCGUCAAAAAAAGGAGGAAAGCCAUCAAACAAUGCUUGUUUUGCAGAAAACGGAAACUAAAAUGCGAUAAGAAGAAGCCCAUGUGUACAACUUGUGUGUCUAGAGGUCUUACCGAGUGUGUAUACGUGGAACAGUUCGGCCCUGAUCUGACUUCUUCUGAACUGUUUAAAACAACUCCGAACUUGGAACUCCUGAAUAAGAUCAAGGAGCUUGAGGAAGAGCUCAGGAAUUUGAAAGAAGGAGGCCCCAAUCAAGGCAAAGGUAUCAAUCCACUUCCCAAAGUACAGAUAGUUAUGAAUAAGGGUGAUCGAACAAUAUUUUACGGGUGCACAAGCCUUAAAGUGAAUCUUUCGGAAAGUAGGCUGAAAUAUGACACUUACUAUGCUAUGGUUUGGCGAAAAAUAAAGGAAGAACGGCGUCGUUGGAAGGCCACGAGUGGCUACUCUACUCUCAAAGAAGUAACUGCAAUAGAGCUAGUUCCAGAAAUUGGCCUGUCUGUGUUAGACGCCAUGUGUCGAACGUUACCAUCUUACGAAAGAAUUGAGCAGAUAUUACAUCAAUUUUUCGAAGACACCCUUUCAGCAGGAUUCCAAGUGGUCGACCCUACAUCGGUCUUUAAAAACCUGAAGAAGUGUUUUAUCACAGGCCCUAAGGAUAUGAUUACCGGCACACACCCAAUAGCACAUCUCGCACCAGGUUUCAAAAAAAACUACUACAGUAUUGGUGUCAUAACAGAAAUAAUCACAUUAGUCAGGUACAAUGUGCCUAUUUCACAAGCCAUGGAUUGCUUCAACAAGUUCCUCCUAUCCAGUGUAACAGCCAAAGUGUUCUUUAUAGAACGGGUGCAAUACAUUUUUUUGAGAAGACUAUACAUGAUGGUAAAGGGCCUAACUGGCGGCGACCAUAGCAAUACUGCUUUAAUAACUAAUCUUCUUUCUUCUACGGCCCUUCAUGUCGGACUUCAUGGAGAUAUUAAAAAGUUGUUUGCAACUGGCGAGACGUCUCAUGGCGAGCCGACUUUUCAUGAAAACUUGUGGCUAUGGAUUUUAUAUGCUGAUAUUGAAACCUCAACAGCAUUAGGAAUGCCUCCUAAAAUCCCAGACGCUUUUAUAAACUAUGAGUUGAUUGAGAGUGAGAGCUACGGGAGUGUCCCACUAUUGCAAAAGAUAAUAAGGCCAAUGAGACAAAUAUUGAAUGAAAUUCACGAGAAAGACAAAUUGCCUGAUCUUGACGCAAUGACUGAGCGAGUCAGAGGAAUUCUUAGAGCAGAAUUUAGGCCUAUAAGCUUCUACAUGGAUCGUGACAAGUUAAAGACAGUCUUAUUCACCGAGCUUGACCUUUUACUGGAACUAGUCACCCUUCUCAGCGUGUUUUCUAAUUUGAAACGAUCAUACUUCAAGGACUAUCGCCCAAGCGCUGUCAACAAUAGUUUGCAAUACUCCAUACAAUCUGUGGCUAUAUCCAUAAGCGCAACUGAAGCCUAUUUUGACCUAGAUAAGACUGAUGCCUGCAAACCAAAAAGGCCUUUGACCAAAGGAAUUCCUUAUAAUCUUAAUCUUGCGGUCUUCCUCAUUCACAAACAUUUUCCUCGAAAUAUUUCAGAAAUUUAUGUCCUGCUGGGGUCGUUGGGCACCUGGGAUACUUUUGAAGAGGUGAGAUUCAAGUAUCCGCUAUCUCCAACAUUUGAUCUCCCAAUGGGCUCAUUGGAUUCUGUCUCCGAUCACUAUGUGUCGUUCCAACAAGUUUACGAAUUUGUCACCGGGGUGAUAGAUCGAUGGGAAAGCGAAGAUAAUGCCGACAUGGUGCGCUGUCUAAAACGCUUUUCAUAUGGAUUUGUCAUAGUUUGCGCUAUCGAAAGAUCGAGUAGAGACUUGUUCAGUCACUAUUUUAAUAAAAGAAAACUUUCAUGCACGGCUUCCAAAUCUUCUCCUUUUGCCUCCAGUGACGUGGCUCGUGCGGAGAACGAUUUUAUGAGCACUGAUCAGACAGGUGCCGAAUUGUCGGACGACAUACUCAAGACCAUGGCUGAUGAAUUCUGGAGCAAUUACGACACGGACAUGAACGGUUGGCUAGUUGAUAACGAUGAAGAGCUGUACUCAACAUGGUUCAAGCCUGCAGAAAACAACCUAAGAGACUAUGAGUCUAAUGCAAACCUUGACUCAAUCUAA